AGCGUCACGACAAGCAGGAGGCUUUGUGGGGGAACGGAGGCUUAAAAUGCAGCUCAGCUACGAUUGCACUGGUCUACCACGUCGAGUAAUGAACAAUACGUGUGUGUCGGGUCUGCAUCGUUAAGAUUCAGAGUUUGAACUAGCAGCCGAUAGAUACGGACUUUUCCUCGAGUGUUUGUUGUCUCCAAAGCUGACGGUGGAGUGUUGUCUGCUCUGCAUGGUCCAGCCGACUGAACCAGUCCAGACAUGAGUAACGUUAAUCUGAUUUUUUGGGACCAGUUGCAGGCUGGCAGCUCCGAGGUGGACUGGUGCGAAGGCAAUUACCUUAUUUACCCCAGCAUCGCUGAAUUUUACAACACGAUCAGCAACAUCUUGUUUUUUGUUUUGCCGCCCAUAUUAAUGUGCUUGUUUCGCGAAUAUGCAACACAUUUCAACAGUGGGAUUUACCUCAUAUGGAUUCUACUAGUUGUGGUUGGUAUUGGUUCUACAUACUUCCAUGCCACCCUCAGCUUCCUUGGCCAGAUGCUGGAUGAGUUGGCCAUAUUAUGGGUGCUAAUGUGUGCCAUUGCCAUGUGGUUCCCCAAAAGAUACCUACCCAGGAUGUUCAGGAGGGAUCGGUCAAGGUUCAAAGUGGUCAUCGGCAUCUUGUCAGGGAUCACCACGGGGCUGGCCUUUGUCAAACCUGUCCUGAACUCAUUGUCACUCAUGACUCUUGGUAUCCCCUGUACUGCACUGCUCAUUACAGAGCUUAAAAGGUGUGAAAACCCACGUGUGUUCAAGCUGGGCCUGAUCUCAGGGAUCUGGUGGGCACUGGCUCUGCUUUGCUGGAUCAGUGACAGGAUCUUCUGUGAAAUGUGGUCAUCUGUCAACUUUCCCUACUUACACUGUGCUUGGCACAUCCUCAUUUGUCUGGCUUCCUACUUGGGUUGCGUUUGCUUCGCCUACUUUGACGUAGCAACUGAGGCCCCGGAGCGAGGUCCCGUCAUCAUGUUCUGGCCCAACGAGAAAUGGGCUUUUAUUGGUGUGCCCUAUGUUUCAUUGCUCUGUGUCCACAAGAAGUCUGCUAUCAAGGUGACUUAAGGUCACCCGGGUCUGCUCUGCUGGUUGUGCUUUUACUUGUCUCCCAAGGAUGUGUCCCAGCAAGAAACACCACCAUGUCUGUGAGUCAAAAUGCCUCCAUUAGUGACUGAAAGAUGUGGGCAAUGCACAUUUUGGUCAAACAUGAGGAUUUACUUUUUCCUUUUCCUUCCCUGGUCUGGUCUUCAUUACUCAACAGUGUUUAUGCAACUCUGUCAAAGAGCAAAAGGUGUCACAAAUUUAUCUGGCUUGGUGACACAGGGUGACUCUUUACAUAACACCAUAUCAGAGCCAAGAAACCUUUUUCAGUGUACUAAACAUGUUCUCAGGCUUUGCAAAGGGAAUCAUGUAAUCUUUUAAGAAUGAAAGUAUUAGUAUUAUGCAUUUCAUGCUUUAUUAAAGACAAGAUUUUGUACAUUUUAUAGUAACUCAGAAAACCUCAUUAUAAAGCAUUAGAUUGCCUUUAUAAACACAAAUAUAGCAUCUCAUAGGUGCAGUCUGGCCAUUUCAAACCCAGGUUUAGAAAAAAUAUAAAGCACUGGAUACAUUAACUGUGAUUAAUGCAUAAUGCAGCCAAUUUUACUAUGCUCAAUGAAACAACCAGCUCGUUCAUAAGAUGUUACAGAAAUGUUAUAGGAAGGUAAUUCACACAAAGCCUUAUGUGUGUUAAAUAUAUAAUAGAUUCAAGCUGUUCUACCUGCCAUCUGUGUCAACGACCAGUUUGGUGAAAAAGUCAUAAACAUAAUAGGGUUCUUUCUGUGAUUGGUGCGUUAUGUUGUAUUUCUAGCAUGCAACUGUGAUUGUUCAGGAUAGUUUUUGAAAAAUGUGUUUUAAUAUAUUCCUGUAUAUAGUUUGUUAACUCAUAGUGUAAUUUUCCGAGGAAAAGCAAGUCAUUCAUAUGUUACUGAAUGAACAGGUACCCUUUGAUAUUGGCCAAAACCCAAAGUAAAAAAAAAAAA